AUGUCCUUCCUCUCAGCAUUGUGCGGGUGCUUUUCCCGAGAGACCGUCGUCGAAAAGCCCUCAAGGGGCCCUACAUUCCCAGAAUCAAUGACCCAAAGAUCCCAUGCGAACGGCCUUCAGACAGGCCGAUUCAUGCUCUCGGAGACAGGCGAAUUCAUCCGCCCAGCAGCCCCCGCAACCGGGGGCCACGAGCACGGGCCCCCGCCUGACUCGGAGAAUGGGGGCUAUGCGAGCGUGGUCCCGCUCCCGCAGUACACAGCCCGUCCGAUGAGCCUCCACGAGAAGACUCUGGAAGCCCAUAUGCGUGAUCCAUCCAUAUCGUCUGAAUACCAGAACUCUUACCCCCAGGACGAAAAAAAUGCCAGUCGUUACGACGAAGGAUCCACGUCCGAUAGUCGUUACGAUGAAGAAGUCACGUCCGAUAGUUCAUCCGCUGUUUCCUUUCCAAGCAGUUAUGGCAAUACAUCGACUGCAACGAGGGAAACUCCACCGCCGCCGUACUCCCCUCGUCACUCUUCUAUGCUGUGUCGGUCCCGGUCGAUGUCUAUUUCCUCGGCCAUGGCGGUGAUCAUUCAUCCGCCGCCUGCUGCCCGUUUGAGCGGUUCGCAGACGGGGCCUACGUACUCUGAUGAGGAUGAUCGGUCCAUUCGUCGUCAUAGGCGGGUUUCCUGGGGGAGUCGGUGA